AUGUCUGAAGCUCUGAUAAUAAUCUUUCUGUGUCCUCAGUGCAUCCUGAGAAUCCACUUCAUCGAGGCUCAGGAACUGCUGUGUAAGGACAAGCUCCUGGGAGGGCUGGUCAAAGGGAAGUCGGAUCCGUACGGAGUCAUCAAGAUUGGGACGGAUCUCUAUCAGAGCAAAGUCAUCCACAACACCGCAAACCCAAAGUGGAACGAAGUUUAUGAGGUCUUGGUGUAUGAUCACUCGGGGAGCAGUAUUGAGAUUGAACUGUUCGAUGAAGACCCUGAUCAGGACGACUUUCUGGGAAGUCUUAUAAUCAACAUGGCCGAGCUGCAGAAGGAACAGAAGGUCGAUGAGUGGUUUCCAUUGGAAGAAGUGGCUACAGGGAAGUUACACCUCAAACUGGAGUGGCUGUCUCUGUUGUCCACUCCUGAAAGGCUGGACCAGGUGCUGUCGGGCAUCAGAGCAGAUCGCAAUCAAGCCAGUGACGGCCUCUCGUCUGCGGUGCUCAUUGUCUUCCUGGAUUCGGCCAGGAACCUUCCGAGUGUCUUCGAGGGGAACUUGGGCUCUGGCUACUUAAAAGAGAGGCGCGCGGCGGGCCUCGUGUUUUGCGAGAACACGGCUUCUCUCUAUCGGAGCUUAUUUCGCAAUCCGUUAGAGUUCAACCAAGCGGGGCUGAGGAAGGGCUCGGUCAGUAAGGCCAUCAAGUCUGGUAAGAAGGUGACCAGUGAUCCCAGCCCAUUUGUCCAGUUCAGAGUGGGACACAAGUCCUACGAGAGUAAGACCAAGUAUAAGACUCAUGAACCGUUGUGGGAGGAAACCUUCACCUUCCUCAUCCACAAUCCCAAAGUCCAAGAGUUGGAGGUUGAGGUAUGAAGACGUUC